GAGAAGGCAUAACCAAUGGUUUUCCUGUGGCCAAAGAUUUUGGCCCUGAUUGCAUUCAUCUGUAUCGAGACCAUCAUGGAGUGCUCCCCAUGUGAAGGCCUCUACUUUUUUGAGUUUGUAAGCUGUAGUGCAUUUGUGGUGACUGGAGUCUUGCUGAUUCUGUUCAGUCUCAACCUUCACAUGAGGAUCCCCCAGAUCAACUGGAACCUGACAGAUUUGGUCAACACUGGACUCAGCACUUUCUUUUUCUUUAUUGCCUCAAUUGUACUGGCUGCUUUAAACCACAAAACCGGAGCAGAAAUUGCUGCUAUGAUAUUUGGCUCCUUGGCCACAGCAGCCUAUGCGGUGAGCACGUUCCUGGCUGUGCAGAAAUGGCGAGUCAGUAUCCACCAGCAGAGCGCCAAUGACUACAUUCGAGCCCGCACUGAGUCCAGAGACGUGGACAGUCGCCCCGAGAUCCAGUGCCUGGACACGUGAGGAUUGCUGGAGUCCUCCUUCCUCUCAUCCUCAUGCCCAUCUUUCCAAUCAAGUUUUCUUUCCCUUGGCACGUCAAACUUUCAUGUGAUUUAGUUGAAUUUUGUCUUCUUAAGUUCACUUUGGGAAAGGGCAUCCAGAGUGGCCCAGUGGACAGGUGUGUGGUGGCCUGAAAAGACCCAUGUCCUCGAGUGUUGGGUGGCUGUGGGAACCUCUGGCCGCGCUGACCUCCUGUGUCUACUCUAGGGCUUAAGUGUCCCAGAGUGCAGGCUCCCAUCUGACUCUGAGCCAUCCUGUCAUGUAUUUGUGAUGAGUCAAGACUUUGGGUUAAAUGGGGCUGCUAAAGAGGGGAAAUACAUGUCAAGGAAUGAAGGUUAGGGUUAAAACAGUCACCAGUGCUCUGGGCAGGAUUGAGUCUGGCUACCAGGAUCCACUCUCCUCAUCUUCCCUGCACCUGGUGUCCAGGCAGCUAGCACAUCCUGAAGGCCAUAGGGGACUCUGAGGGUUUUGGUGAUGGAUGUGCUGGUAGAUCUUCUGCCUGGUCAUAACAGGACAGGAAAAGCUGGUGUCCUGUGGGGGGACAGCUCCACAGGACUGCCUGAUUCACGGGAGAGUCACUUUUUCUUUCCUACUCUGCUGAGAAAUCACUUGAUUCUUCCUCAAAUGAAUCAUCUUCCUGAGUCCCAGAUUUUUUUCCAGGAAUAUGGAGACCACCUUGUUUUCCAGAUUCCUGUCUACCCUAAAUACUUUGAGAAUGAAUUGUGGGGUGUCUGUAAUUUUACCGACUCAGGUAAAAGCCACAAAAGAAACAGUACAUUUUAGCAGCCAAAGCACUUGCCUGUUUGCUGCCUUCAUGGACCACAUUUGUGUUACAAAUUAGCACACACAAACACUUUCCUCUGUUUUAGGGGUGUGUGUUCAUUUUCUAAGUGAGUUCUAAAGUGAUUCUGAGUAGAUUUGUCCAGGAUUUGAAAAUACUUGAAUUUGCACCAGGACACGUCCUCCCACUGACAUUUCAGUAGGCACUGAUUGUUGCCCUGGGGGCCUGAGCGCCAUCACUAUCAAUAGCAGCUCUUGGGAGUUGUUGGGGGAAGUCCUAGUUACUUAAGGUUUUUGAUUGAUUCUUGAUAAAAGUGAAGAUUUGUGUGUGUGUGGUGAAUGAGAGGGUUAAAUAAGACCCUAUAAUGUUAUAGUUUUGUUGUUGUUAAAAACUAAUAUCUUUUAAUGAAAAAUUUGUUUUAGUUUGUCAGGUUUUCACUCUUUAAACUGUUUAAUGUUUACAGACAUCACUGAAGCUCUCAUAUUUUGUGUUUAGCUCUCACCAAGGAAAAGGUACCACUGGUGGGAGGAUUUUGUAGUAGUCUGGAGAAACCCCAGGAUCUUGUACUGAGGACUGUUUAUAGCUUUAGCAAUGUCUUGUGAGGUAGACAACCCGGAAGAGAGAAGAGGGGUGGUAUAUGUUUGGGGUAAGGAGAGGAAUAUUUGUAGGAAGCCCCCUCCAGUGCACGUGUGGCAUUGUGUUCUUCAGAAAAGAGCAGCAUCCUGUUCAACAGUGAGGAUGGGUGUCUGCUAGACUAGAACUCUACAGGAAGUGGUGCCAAGCUGUGCCUUGUGGUCAGGUUAAAGGUUAGCUCCCUAACCCAACAUCCAGUAUAGAUCAGUUCUGGUGCACUUCCUGUCCAGACAGUGGCCCAGAUCACAUGUUCAAGCACAAGUCUGCAUCAGGGGAUGACCCAGCUAGUCUUGUGGUUACUCCCCUCUUCUCCCACAGAGGUCAGCCUGGCCUGGUUACAGCUGGGUAUAGUGUGCAGUGUGGCUGAUGGAGCCCUCUUCCCGUGCCUGUUGUGAGUCAGUACGUAGCAUGCUUCACAAACUUUGAACCUGUGAUAUGUAAUGAUGUGUGGGAAGCUGAUGACAUCUGAAUUUUAUUUAUUCAUUUUACAUAUUUGUAUGCAUUGAUGAGUGAGUCUACAUAAUCAAAACUGAGGUUAUCUUCCACUUAAAAAAGAGAAUUCCACUUAAAAUAGGAUCACAAAGACUGAGGCUUGCAUUGGAUUGGGCCUACUUGGAAGGACCAUCCUGAACUUUAUCAGAUAUCUGCUGGGAGUCAAGUUACUUGGCCUUUUAUUAAGGCUACUUUUGAAAUGAGACUGAAAGAGAAAACCAUUCAGGCAAGAUCAUUGCUCAAGUUUUCCAAGUCACUUCAGUAAAACCAGUUUAUCAUCUGAUGAAAGGAGACUGUUGACUUGCCUCCUAAUAUGUACUGUCAGCUGAAAAAAGUUCUGAAGCCAAUCAACACCAGAAAUGCUGAGGCAUGAUAAAAAGUGAUGAUGCCUAUACUGAGAGAGACUUUGGAGUUAAUUUGCAUCUUAGUGACAGAAUCUUUGGACUGUUUAUGUCCCUGUAACUACUUAAUAUCAUUUGUCAUGAGGCUUCUCCAUGAAGUGGCCUGUACACUUUCUAGUUGGUGUAGUGCAUAGCCCUGUCUCCUCACAUACCCAUAAUGUGGUGAGGGAAAGUUAUGAAGGGAAUACAGCUGUCUACUGCGAAUGUAAAGAAACCUGCAUUUUUCUUAUGUUGCCUCUGUGUACAAACAAAAGACAAUCUAGAUUUGGAGGUCUUAAAUUGAUCUCUUAGCAAAUUGAAGAAGCAGUUUUGCAACUAGUAGUUCCAGUUUAGACCAGUGUCACUUAGGUUUGAGGUAUUUUAAGGCUAAGGCAACCUUAGAUUUCUGUUUUCUGGUGGGAUGAAUUGGCUUUCAUUGUUGGAGUACAACUUGAAGGGAGAUGUGUUCCUGGAGAUGUGGCAACCCGCAGCACUUGGUAGAACCUAAGGCGGUUUUGAUGGAUGCAAACACUGACAUCUUCAGAGGAAGUUUAUUUUGACGUUGAUUUUGUUAGCUGGGUGCUUUUCUUUUCUGAUUCCUUUACCCCUUUUUGUACUGCUGAAGACAUGGAAGGCAACCCCUUUUUCCUUUCAUACAGAGAGACUGUUGCCAUGAAAACCUAAAAAUGCUUGUUGGCCUAUGGUAAGGGCAAACAGAUUAAAAUCUUCUCAGUGGAAUUUGAUUUAAAACAAAGAGACAUCCAAGGGAGAUUGUUUUUUAUCUACAAAAAAAAUGUAGUAAUGACCCUACUUCCAGCCCACAUCUUUCUUAGCAAUGGUCACUGAAGUGCUGCAGUUGGCUGCACAGCCACAGGGAAAUCAGCAAGGGCGCCAGACUCUGAGUGCUUGGCCCUGGGUCCACUUUACCAUCCCCUGCAACAGGCCAAGGGUAUCUGGCCUCCAACCUGGGCUAGAUGAUUCUGGUAAGAGCCUUGUGAAAACAUUCCUACUCUCUUCAAGUUUGCAGUUUUAUCCACCUUCUGUAAAGCUUUCCUAGUGACUCAGACGUGGGUUAAGCCACAGGCAUUCUCUGAGGAGAGGAAGCCCUAACUCUUAUCUGCACUUGUAUGUGAAUUCUUGCUUGCUGUGAAUGAGCCACAGAUAACCCUUGUGUGUGGCCCAAGCUCACCUCUACUCCUAGUUUUGCAUGCACUAUUUGGAAGAAACCCCUUACCUAUCAAUGUGCUUUCAGAGGUGGACCAGGGUCUCAUGUCUGUCUGUGCCAGAUUUCUUAUGGGUAGGUCUUGGGACCUGUCCUAACCAAAAAAGAAAAAAAAAAAAAAAGGAGCAUGAAGACUUGUGGCCAAGUUAGUAUUAAGUGGUUACUGCUGUGCCAUCUGUGUCCAAAACAAAGCAAUCAUGAAAUCAUUGUGCCACUACCUGAUUGUCAUUUUCUCUAAACCUUGUCUGUGGAGCAGUAGCAGAACUGGUAACAAACUUUCUAGGCUGAGAGCUGCUAAGCAAUUUUCAUGAGCAGAAGAAAAGUUGUUUCUGGCUCUAGGGACUGCUGUUACCUAGGAGGUCUCCAGGUGCCUUUUAAGUUUCUUGAGAAUUUGCAGAAUCCAAGUCUUUCUGUUUCCUUGGUCUGUCUGAUUUUGAUCAGUACCCACUCCUAGGACCAACUAGGCAAGGGACUUGGAGGGCAGAUGAGGUCAACACAGGGGUGGGUGAGAAGUGAGAAGGAAGGGAAAGGGGGCUUUUGUUGGCACCAGGUGUGUUUAUACCUCAGGCUACUUAAGGAAUGUGUUUUUGGCUCACCACCUUCCUAUGUUCUUAUGUUUAGAAGGGUGAGAUCUUGGGUUUCAGAAUCAGCCUGAAGACAAGAGCUGACCAUUGGGGACUGGUGUUCCUCCAUGCUCUUGCCUCCUGGCAUCUACUCUGGGUUUGACCUGACUCAGAUGCACCCCAGGAAUGACAUAGACCUAAGAGGGCCACCCUUUUGCUUUUUAAACUUUCCUGACUCUAAAAUCUUUCUUCUCAGCAGAUACCUUAAAAAUCAGAUCUGUCUGGUUGAGAAAGUAAUUUGAAAUAUUUGACUUUUUAUGUUUCCUUUAUUUAUAAACUAUCUCUAAAAGUUACCUUCAGCAUGUUACAUCUAGAAUAAUUUUUUUCUGAAACCGAAUUUUCUUCAUGACCGUAAACAUUCGCACACACCUUGGCUUGAAACAGAGGCAGCCGUCUUAUAUUUUCCCUUCUUUUGUCUGGAAUAUAUUCUUUUUCCAUUUGAAUACAAUUUCUCAACCUUUGGAAUUCUUUUCCUUUCUAGUUUUUCUUAUUCCAUAAAUGUAACAGUAAAGAAAAGAAUGACCCACUAGGACUGAGGAUGUGGCUCAAGUGGUAGCGCGCUCACCUGGCAUUCGUGCGACCCGGGUUCGAUCCUCAGCACCACACACCAACAAAGAUGUUGUGUCUGCCGAGAACUAAAAAAUAAAUGUUAAAAAAAAUUCUCUCUCUCUCACUCUCUCUUUAAAAAAAAAAAACAAAAACAAAAAAAAACAAAAACAAGAAUGACCCACUAGCCCAGUGAGCUUGAAUCAACAGGCAGCUUGCCCAGAAUGAAGUUUAGCAGAUUUGUUUCACUGAGCUAGUUGUUUACACACUGUGCUGAGACUUGAACUCAGGUGGGUCUUUGGUGAAGGGUUAGUACUGCUUGGACUCUGGUGAGCUGUUUGUUGGAACUUUUAAGGUUCUAAUUCUUAUGGUAAGAAUGUGUCUGGCACUAUCUUAAUCAUCUUUGUUGAUGUGAUUUAGGGCAAGGUCUAGAGUUUCUUUUCAUAAUUAUGCCUGAAAAAAGAAAUGGUGUGAAAGAAGGUUCUGAUGAUUUGUGGGGUUCAGUAACAAUCUGAACCAUCUAGUGUGAGUUGUCUUGGAUGCUGCUGCUGACACCCCAUUGAAAGUAUCCCCUAUUUAUAAGGCAAGGCACCCAAGGAGUGACCAGGAACUAAGGACAGUGAAGGGAGAUCUGGUGCCCACCCAAGGCCAGGCCAGGCCUAACUGAUGACUGCUUCCCUCUCCAGACUCUUGUUUUGCCUUUCCGAUUUUUCCCAAAUUGAUAUUACAAGUGUCAAGCUUUCCUUCUCCUCUCUGUGGAAGUGUAGAAUGCAAAUGUUCAGGCCUUGAAGGGAAAACUGCCUGGUCCCUGGGCUGGGGAAGACAUGGGCAAGGACAGAAUGACAAGGAUUUCCCCCAACCCCAUACUGACCAAGGUCCAGCUGGGGCCGCCUGCUUCCAGCUUUCUCUUCUCGACCUCUUAAAAAUGAGUUUUCAAAUCACAAUGAAGUUGAUCUAUUUGCAUAAAAUCAGUGCUUUUGGAACUUGACUUAGUUUGACGUGGUUCCCUCUAAGAAUGCUAGGGAUUAAAACUAUUUGUAUAUGUUGAAAUUUUAGGCAAAACACUAAACUAUUUAUUACAGGUAUGACUGUAUUUUUUUUCAAAGCAGUUAAUUCUGUCUUUGUAUAUUUUAAGAUAAAUAAUCACUUCACCUUUGGUGCCUUCCAUGUGUCAUAUAAGCACUCUUGUCAAUCAUGGAAUUGGAAGAAAAGAUGUACAUUUAGUUAAAACAGAUAACACUAUUUUUGUAGUAUGAUUUGACUGUGUCCUUUUAAUAUUGCUUUCCUUUCAACAAUGCUGGUCUUAAGGUUUGGGCCACUUUUCCUUUAAACUUAAUAUGUAUUUUAAAAAAGAAAAUAAAACCAAAACAACAAAAAAAAUUUCCCUGCUACUCCUGUCUCUUCUCAGCUGAAUGUCCCCCACAUCUUGUUUCUGCUUAUUUAAAUAGUCUGAGAGUAAUAGUACAUUUCUGUGAAACAAUUAUGAGUCAGUAUAAUUGCAUUUGGCAUUAUUUAAUCCUUUGCUCAGUUAGAAGAGACUAAGUAAGUGUCACUCACCUCAAACAGUAAGAGGAAAGUGCUUCCAAAAGAAAAGGUCACCCAUGCCCUGACUUCCCAUUCAUUGAGUCUGAAAUGGUAGAAAGUGUGUGUUUGGCUCCCUGUCCCGUUCCCCUGGGAACCUGAAGGUGUUCUAAGGCCUGGAGUCUUCCAGGGUAGUCUGAGUGUCACUUGGUUCCCAGAAACACAGUAGCCUUCUCUAGGCAGCACUUCCUCUCAGAAUUUAUGUAGGUUCAUGGAUGACCUGGGUGUCUCAUAGCCCUCUUGGGGUUUCAGGCCUGGAUGCAGUAGCUGCUUUGCUUCGAGGAACGGGUGAAACCAGGGCACAGGCAGACUCUAUAGUGGCUCCUUCUGCUUUCCCACCCUUGUAGGACUGAGGAUGUCUGGUCAAGGAUAAUCUUGAGCAAACCAGUUGAGCCAUUGCAGAAUGAAGGUACAUAUUUACUGAAACAUGAAAUUGUAGCUUUAUUUUUUUUGUCCUUCUGAAGAUUCAAAACAUGUAAUUCUAUAAUGACGGAAGUCCAGUCAAAAGCUAAAUAAUAACUUUCCAACAGAUCAUUCAUCGGUACUUCAGCUAGUGGCACUUUUGGGGGGCAAUGUUAAUUGCCCCACUUUGCUUGUGGAAAGUAUUUUUGGCAGUUUAUGGACACAGCUGUGGGGCGUUCUGAGGUGAUGGCCACUGGACAAAUGUUGGUUUGUGCUGUUUGGGACAGAGUUCUAUCCUGGCCUCUCAAGUAGACAUGGGUGCUGCGGGGUGAGCCUCCUGUGGCUCUGACUGGCUCUUGGGUUUGUUCCUACACAUUUGAUGUGGUUUGUGGGCCCCAAAGCAUUUGCUUCUGUUGAUUUGUUCCUGACAGCAUACAAAGCCUAACAUUACCCUAGAUCUUCCCCCUUUACUUCUUUUGAAGGACCAAUUUUUCAUGGUACUUGUCUUGAUUGUUUUCAUUGUUCAAAUCUGUAUUUUUAUAUGUAGAGGGAAAUAAUUUUCUCAACACUAAUCGCUAAUAAAUAUUGUAUUAAAUUGUCA